AUGAGCACCCUCCACACGCUACCAUUCGAGCUCUUCUACCUCAUAACAACAAGCCUAGGGCCAUACGAUGUUUUCAAUUUAUUGGUUGUGUUUCCGUACCGUGGCUCUUAUCACCAGCUCCGACAUGCCUGCUACAGAUCAACGCACGAGAAGUUCGUGGCGCUGAUAUAUGCGAUCAAUGCUAGAAAGCUUGAACUAGUACAGGAGAUUCCCGAUAUACCUCAGAUUCUCAAGGGUUUUGAUGCUUCAUGUCAUAGCACUGGUGACAAGCAUGAAAUGAUACUCGGCGACAACCAAUUCCUAGCCUCGAAGUUUGCAAUAACCAACUUUGGCGGUUAUAUAAAUCCAUUGAUGCUUGCUAUAAACGGACGGUCACCGGAGAUAGUCCGAAUCCUACUAAACAGUGGGGCACAAUCAGACGUCCCGGAUAUGUUCCAUGGGUUUAUGCCGGUGUAUGUUGCGACGAUAAACGGCGACCUCCGCACUGUACAUCUUCUCCUUGAACAUGAUGCCUCCCCGAACGGCGUGACCGACCAGCAGCAAAAACUGCCUCUUAACGUUGCAUUGGAGCAGAACAAUAACGGACUGUUGAAACUACUGUGUGCUCAUGGGGGUUGUCUGUCGUCCCACUAG